AUGUCGUACGAAAUCUUUCUUUUAUUCGCACUUUUUUUGCAGUCUGCAGUCUACGCACAUAUUCCCGUUCCUGGGAAAACGGUAACUACACCGUUUGGGAAAAAAGGCUCGUGGGCAGCUGGCUAUCAUACUGGUGAUGAUUAUGCUUGUCCAACUGGAACACGUGUAGUUGCAGCUGCGAGUGGAACUGUCAAAGAUGUUAACUGGGGUGCAGCCUAUGGAAUUCACGUUGUAAUUGAAUCUUCAGAUAAGGUACGUCAUCUCUAUGGUCAUUUGAGCAAGAAAUCAGUCAAGCCUGGUCAACAGAUAAAAGCAGGGCAAGAGAUUGGUAAAAGUGGCAAUACGGGAAGAUCAACUGGGCCACAUCUUCAUUAUGAAGAAAGAGUGUCACCCUAUGCUUAUGCAAAUCAUCGAAAACCGACGUUGAACAAAGCACAUUAG